AUGGAGGGAAAGGUUGUGGUGCUGCUCCGCACGAGCAGCGUCGCCCGGGCCCCCGUCUACAGGCAUCUCCGGGACAAGGGUGUUGUUCUCGUGCUCGUCCACCCCGUACAUCCGGCAGUCGCGUUCGACGGUGUCUUUCAUUAUCAUCUGCUGCACGACACAAAUGACGUGGACGCGCUUGAGCCCGUGCUUGGGCGUUUUCUUAGCCUGCAUGAACUCUCGCCGGACGCCGUUAUAUCGUUUGAUGAGUACGGUGUCUACCCAGCAGCCGUGUUGGCGCAGCGCAUGGGGUUUCGGCCCGUCCCACUGCCGCCAGAGAAGCUGCGGCGAACAAACGUAAAGUCUCUCCUUCGCGAGGACUGCGCGAGAGAGGGCAUCACCUCGCCGCUGGCGGGGGUCUUGCCUCGCCCUCCAGCGGGCGAGGUCGACCUACUGGCGCACGUUCGACGUGUGUUGGCGGCGGUGGGGGUUGAGUUCCCCCUUGUGCUAAAGCCCUCCCCCGGCGCCGGGAGCCUCCUCGCAAAACUCUGUUCCAGUGCGGAGGAGGUGCGGGACCAUGCGCUGGUGAUGUGGAACGCCUUCGCCUCGCACAAUGCCACGAAGCACUUUGAGGCUGUUCUCAGUCCGACAGGGGAGAAGGAGGAGGUGCAGAUACUCUUCGAGGAGUACAUUGGCGGCCAGGAGGUGGAUUUGAACUGUUGCGUAGAAAACGGCAAGGUUGUGUUCUGCUCUAUCGACGACAACUUUGAGGUGUGUCCGCCGUACUUUGUCGAGGUGGGUGGGCUGUGCCCCACCGCCUUGCCACCCCACGAGCAAAGCCGACUGCGGGAUCUGCUGGACACAUUCGUGGCAUUCCAUGGCGAAGACCUGCAUGGGGUGCUGCACUUUGAGGCGAAGUACGACUUUGAGCGACGCCAGACGUACCUAAUCGAGGUGAAUUGCCGCCUCGGGAGCGCCGAGACGAACAGCAUGCUGCGCACUUGCUACCGUGGGCUGCAGCUGGGCGAGUCCCUCGUGCGCUGCGCGCUGGGGCUCUCAGUGACCGAGCAGCUGCUCUCCCACUACCCGGAGCGGCUAACGGAGGUGGACGGCGACGACGCCUCCUUCCCGGCGAGUUGCUACUGUGCCUCCGUGAACAUAUAUCCUCGCGCCGAAGGGGCGCUGGUGCGGGCGGAGGUGCCCACAUCUGAAAAGGCACUUGUAGACUACAGCGUGUCUGCCGUGCCAGGGGAGCUGGUGGCGCCUCCGCCAAAGAACUUCUACCUCCUCGCCUGGAUGGUGGCCCAAGGCGCGACGGCGGAGGAAGCAAAGGCGGCAAUCGCCCGCCUCACAGAAAGUUUUGUGCAAGAAAUAUCCAUGGCCCAGUGA